AGCUCAGUCGAGUCAGCUGUUUUCUACUAUUCUUUGGGCCUAACCCCUCCUUCAAACUCGGACCCAACUCAUCUGGUGCUUAGGUCCCGCCUCCGAGACAGCCUACCCGACAAGCCUAGGUUCCUUUCGCCCACACGCAAGCACCACAUAAUUAGGUUAUACCUGCUUCAACCUCCACCGAUUGUGCCUUUAAAGAUCCGGCAACCCCUCCAUCAAUUCUGGGGAAAUUUUUGGGUGGCAACAACCUCGACGGCCGUUGGUCAAGGCACAUUCACCCUUCGGCUCCGAUUGCAUCACGCGACAUUUCUUGCGCACCAAAUUUCGAAAGCUAAAGGCUACUGGUCAACAACCACCUUGGACACCACUUUAACGUCACCUUUCUAACAAAAACACCAUCAAUUUUCUUCGCUGUCAACCAUCACAAUGCUUCCCGCUCUACCUCGGUUGGGCGAUUAUGACAUAUCAGCUCGGAACGGCUUCUUGCCUGAUGAGAUACCCAUCGAUGUUCUACCAGAUCGCUACUACCAGCCAUGGGAGACAAUUGUACGCAACUUCCAGAGUCUGAUCCUGGCCAAGCGGCUACGUCGAAUAGUAGAUGCACUUCCAGUACUUGAGACCGACCUCCUUCUCACGAAAGCCGAGUGGCAGCGAGCCUAUUCCAUCUUGGGAUUCAUUGCCCAUGGGUAUGUCUGGGGCGGUGACAAGCCCGCCGAUAUUGUCCCGCCCUCUAUCUCGAUACCUUUCAUGGAAACGUGCAGACACCUGGAACUGCCACCGGUGGCAACCUUUGCAGGGGUGUGCCUGUGGAAUUGGCGACCUAUGUUCGAUGGCGAGCCUACGGAUACACUGGACAACCUUGCAACGCACAUGACCUUCACUGGCUCAAUGGACGAAUCAUGGUUUUACCUGGUAUCUGUAGCGAUAGAAGCGAGAGCUGGACCAGUUAUUCCGAUGAUGAUCGAAGCUAUCGCAGCAGCUAGACGUGGCGACAGCAACACAGUCGUGCACUGUUUACGAUCCUUUGCGGAGCGACUUGACGAGAUAGGUGCUCUUUUGGAGCGCAUGUACGAGAGCUGCGACCCACACGUCUUCUACCACCGCAUCCGACCAUUCCUAGCUGGAAGUAAAAACAUGGCAGACGCGGGCCUUCCAAAUGGAGUCAUGUUUGAUGAUGGCACUGGUCAACAGCCAUAUGUGCAAUUCAGUGGUGGCAGCAACGCUCAGAGCUCGACCAUUCAGUUCUUCGACAUCGUCCUAGGGGUUGAGCAUAGACCUACUGGUGAGAAGCGGACUAACCUAGAAAACCCUGCUUCAUCUGGACCUUCGCAUGGUUUCAUCCAGGAUAUGCGGAACUAUAUGCCUGGACCUCACCGUAGGUUCCUGGAGCAUAUGGAGAGCAUUGCAAACAUCCGGGAAUACGUUACAGUAAAUCGCAAGGAUCGGGCCCUUACCACUGCCUACGAUGCAUGCCUGGCCAUGCUGCGAAGCCUGCGGGAUAAGCACAUCCAACUCGUCUCGCGGUACAUCAUCAUCAAGUCGCGUGAGACACAGUCGCACGCCCGAUCGGUGUCGCCCAAGCAAGCAAACAACCAGCGCGUCAACCUCGCCAACACUAUGGCCCGUACAGGAAGCAAAAAGCUCCGUGGUACGGGAGGUACAGCUUUAAUUCCAUUCCUGAAGCAAGCGCGGGAUGAGACGGGCGAGCCGGCAAUCGAUGCGUGGGCAAAGCGAUUACUCAACAACGGGCCAGCAGAGAUUGGUGCGUCCUUUGGUGUUGACGAUGGCGUUGCGCGGCUAGGCAAGAUUGCAGAGGGUUUCAAUGGGCAAGUUGAGAUUGUUGGUCUGGCUGGUACUUGGAGUGUUGAUGAUAGCGAGGGAGGUAUCUGUCAUUGGUGAUGGAUGAGAAAACCCUCAAAACUCAAAAACGAUUGUUUUCUGGCGUUUGGAUCUGGAGCAACAUACCCAUCUCGACACAUUAGUGUAGGUCAAUAGAUUUUCAUAGAGUAGCAGUUUGCUCUCUACCCACCCUGCGCUGGUUAACAUCCAUGGAAUACCGGCGUCUGCUCGGUGAAUCUCUACAUUGCAUCAUAGUACAUGUCGAAAGAUCAGUUGAUCCCUAAAGCGAUGUCAUCUAGACCCACGAGCAUUAUGAAACAGACCACGAGUGUUGCACAUGUCGCGUUUCCAAACGCCACUUUCGUCAGAUCUCCCGCGCAGGGCAAAGUUGCGCGUUGCGGGAGCCCAACGCGUGGG